CCCUCGCGCGCUGGUUUCUCGAAACUAUGCGAAAACGACAAGUUUCGUAGCGUUUUACGAAAAUUACGCGGUGUGUAUCCUAUCGGAAAAGGGGCGGUGCUAUCGGAGUGUGCGACAUUCAAUCGGGGGCGGGAAAUUUUUAAAAAGAAAGAAAACCGUUUUCGUUAAUGUGACGGAUCCCUCGAAGGUGCGAGAAAUAUAAUUAAAACGCCAUUAAGAUGACUUUACAUUUAAUAACAAUUCUCGCGUAUGCGACUUAUUGGCUCUACCCCGUCGAUGGAGACUUCGUUCCGUGUUCCGAGCUAUCUUCAGAGCUUCCCUUUCCGUGUGCGUGUUCUUUAGGACCAGUCGAGGCAGCCCUCGACGGCAACCCUUCCAUAUCUGUUAACUGCGACAAUGUUGUUUUUCCCAGCGACGUUGCGACCUUUACGUAUGGCGCCCCAAUCGUUGCGUUCAGCCAAAGAUGGGCUGGAUACCAAUCGUUACCUGUGCAGCUAUUUUCAUCGAACAAUUUGCCCCUGAGAAGCAUCGACCUGUCCGGCAAUUCCCUCAGGAAACUCACGGAAGGCAUGCUUCAAAGCGUCCAAGAUACACUAACCGAACUCAGACUUGGCGACAACUUGCUGGGGGAUACGCUCAACCCAAUAUUUUCCAGCACCGAAUUCAGAAGUCUGAAGAACCUACAGCUGUUGGAUUUGAGCGAAAACUCACUGAAAGCCAUGGAAGAGGGCAUUCUGGACGGAUGCUUCGAGUUGCGCGAAUUGUACCUGGACGAUAAUGACUUCAAUGCAUUACCGAACACGUCCUUAAAUGGACCGAAAGCUUUAAAACUGCUGUCCGUAAGAGGCAACAACAUCGACAACAUUAAGGUAGGAACGUUUGGAGCCCAACCUCACCUGGAAACGCUCGACCUCAGCAACAAUCUAGUCUCCCAGAUCGAAAGCGGGUGCUUUUCCAAUUUGCACACCCUCAAAGAACUCAGAUUAAAUCACAAUAGGCUGUCAAAAUUUAACAGCGACAUUUUUCAAGGCGCGGAAACGAUGGGCGAGCUGGAUUUGUCGCAAAACUUCAUAACUGAGUUUCCCGAGGUCGCGCUCAGGCGGCUAACAAGUCUAAGCCGCUUGAAUUUAUCUUCAAAUCUCAUACAGUCUUUGGACAGCACUCAUCUGAGAUAUCUACCUAGACUACUGGAACUAGAUCUGAGCAGAAACAAUUUGGCCAAUAUCGCGCAUGAAACAUUCAUCGGUCUUAAGCAAUUGCAGACGUUAGAUUUAAGUGUCAAUUCGUUACGUACGAUCGAAGAUAACGCUUUCGAAGGACUGGAAAAUCUCGCCCAUUUAAACUUAAAGGACAAUAACAUCCUCCUGCUGCCGGCAGCUGCUUUAGAGAAGUUGCCCCGUUUAACGUCACUGCAACUGGAUUACAACCGCAUAGCAGCUCUGUCUGGUGACAUUUUACGCUUCGUAGCCGACAAAGUGAAAAAACUGGUUAUAGCCACGAACGUAGUUAGAGAACUGCCUCCUGCUACUUUUCAAUUAUUCAAGAACCUGCGGCACUUAGAUCUCAGAAGGAACCUACUCAGUACGUUAAACGCAGAGUCAUUCGUCGGCCUGGAGAACACUCUCGAAGAGCUCUAUCUCUCUCAAAACCGUAUUAUGAUCAUUACCGGAGCGACGGUUUCGUUGAAGAAUCUUCAGAAAUUAGACUUGAGUGACAAUCAUCUCACAGAUUUGCCGAACUCGUCUCUCGUCAGCGUGAACGAGUUAAAGCACCUCAAUUUGAGCCGCAACGUUCAUCUUUCCAAAAUUCCAGUCUCACUUUUACACAAUGUGCCGAAGUUGGAAACGAUUGAUUUAAGCUACAUCGGUUUGGGGGCCAUUCCUCCGGAACUAUUCGCCAAAUCCAACUCGCUGAAGUCGAUCUAUUUAUCGCAUAAUAACAUAUCAGAAAUCGUGGAGAAAACGUUCGCCAUAAUGCCAAAUUUGACGGAAAUAGACCUCUCGUUCAACGGCAUAAGCAAUAUCCGACAAUCGGCAUUCAUCCACGUCAUGAAUCUGAGGCACCUCAAUCUACGGGGAAACAAACUCGCAUUUUUCAAAGGCGAAUUCUUCAACACCGGCACCAGUAUCGAGGUCAUAGACAUUUCUGACAACUCGAUCACUUAUUUAUACCCGUCAUCCUUCAGGAUACACCCCAGGAUCCACACCAUCUUAGCCAACAACAAUAAAAUCAAUUUCUUUCCUCCCGAUCUUAUAGCAAAUCUUCAAUUUUUAAAGCAUAUCGAUCUCUCAUUUAACCAACUUAAAGCUGUCGACGAGUUAGGUUUUGCAAGACUUCCAAGACUCAGAACCCUUCUGUUAACCAAUAAUUCGGUGGAGGAGUUCAACGAAAUGGUGUUCCACAAUUCAACGCAGCUCCAAGUGUUGGAUUUGAGCUACAAUAAGCUGGAAAGGCUAAGCGACAGAACCUUCGAGGGCUUAAUCAGAUUGGAACGUUUGAAUUUAGAGGGCAACAACUUGGCGGACUUGCCGGAUACUAUAUUCGAGAGGGCUCGAUUGCAUAUGCUCGAGAACAUAAACUUGGCUAAGAACAAGUUCGAAAUUCCUCCGUUCAGGGCACUUCAAAGGCAGUAUUUCUUCUUAAAGUCUUUGGACUUGUCUUACAACAACAUAAACGUCAUACCAGCAGAGGACGAUGUCGUGGUGAACAUCAAAAACUUGGAUUUGUCCUACAAUCCUUUAUCCGAGAAAGCCAUCGAAAAUAUUCUCGGAGAGCCAAAGACUGUGAGAUCAUUACACCUGUCUGGUACUGGAAUAACCAAAAUCAUACAUCUAGAGACCCCAUUUCUCAAACACCUGAAUCUCUCACACAACAACAUUAGCGACAUCUCCUCGGAAACUUUCAAGAGAACGACUCUGCUGGAAGAGUUGGAUAUUUCCCAUAACAACGUGGCCACUUUGGACACUUCCAGCGACGCGUGGAAUAUAAUGCCGAAUCUGGUACUGCUCAACGUAUCUAGCAAUCCAAUCACUUCGAUAUCCGAAACAGAUUUCCGCGGCUUAACCAAGCUGCGGCACUUAAGCCUACACUCGUUGCACGAAUGCUCGAAAAUUGAGAAAAGUGCGUUCAAGAAUGUUCCUCAUUUAACUACGCUCGAAAUCUACGACUUUCCGAAGCUCGGAUAUCUGGAUAUCCACGGUCUGUUGCAGAACAUGCCGCUGCUAGAAAAGGUAAAUAUUGAAACCAAGGACGCUUCCAUCGGGAAAGAUCAGUUGCAACCGAUCCUGCAUCCAAGAUUGAAGGAGCUCGGGCUUAGCGGCUCGAGAUUGAAAACCAUAUCCUCGGGAACGUUCUCUGGAUUAAAAGGAGCAGAAUUAGCGAUUCGUAUAGUAAACACCUCCCUGACAUCUCUGCCCCACGCAUUAUUCUUUCCGGUGCCGAGGUCCUCCAAAACCACGUUGGAUGUAACCGGCAGCCAACUGACAACCCUUAACGCUCAGCUGCUCAGCACACUGGAAGAUCGCAGGGGUGAUUUACUGCUCACGGGCUUAGAAUUCAACCCCAUCAUCUGCGACUGUCACUCGAGAGCAUUGAGGAGGUGGCUGCCUUCGCAUAUGACAAUGAUCAGAUGUGCCGGGCCAGAUUACCUCGAAGGUAAACUUUUGGUGGAAAUAGGAGACGACGAGUUAACUUGCGACCCAAAAAAAAUAUCGACCAUGAUGACGACUCAAAGCUCGACCUCAAUUUUGACGAGAAGCACGAAACAACAGCAAAAAGUGACGGAAGCGGAUAUUAUAUGGUCGAUGCCGACGACAGAAAAAGCUCAAAUUAAAGCGAAAACGCCAGUGGUGGGUCAGUCUUCAAUGAAUAACGACGAUACUCUGAUCAUUGGCAUCGUUGGAGGCGUAGUGGCUUUCAUUGCCAUCUUGGUUAUAGUUAUUUGUAUUAUUAGACUGAAAAUGUCGAGCAACCAGUUUCGGGGUCCAAUGGCAGCUGGUUCGACGAUAAUGGUACCGGAUGGUAUGAUUGGUUCCGGCAGCAGCUGCGCUUGCAGCGUGAAAGGGGUACCGCCCGGUAAACAGCCUCAUGUACCCGCUUUGUAUACCAUACCACCAGGGUACGCAGCGACGCUUCCUCAUAAAAAUAUCCAUCCAGUUUAUAAUCUAGGUAUCAUGAGAUCACCUGUUGCUGCGUAUUCCACCAUAGGACCAGGUCAAUAUUAUGCUCCGAGCAACGUACAGCAACCGUAUUUUAUAGCCACAUAUCCCUCGGAAGAGAAGAUUUACCGUUAGUUUUUACCUGUUAAUUUCUAUUCACUGUUAAAAAUACGCUUGAAAAAUCCACCUUAAAUAUGAUUGGUGGUGACUAUUUGCCAAACAGAAGUGGUAAGAGUUGUUAAUUUUUUAGACAACAGAAAAUAAUUUGUAUGGUUAGGCCAUAUUGGCCACUAAAAGAUUAUAAGAAAUAUUAUCAGUACAGGUAAAGGGAAUAAUUUGCGUAAAUGAUGGACUGAAAUUUUAUGGACAUCCUAUAGAAGUUCUUGAAGUUCCAUUUUGAAACGAGACAGAGUUAUUUAGUUACGUGCCAUAAGGCUUGUGACUUUUUAACCACAGGGAAUAGUUAAUCUAAUGUAAUUAGUAAUAGGUCGAAAAUAAUUUAUAAAUUUUAGUUUUAAGACAAUGUUUUUUGUUUAUUUUGAAACUUUAAAUGUAUUGUACAUAAACGUUUUCACUUAUCUACCUAACCUUUUAUUGUU